GGGGAAGUUAGAGAAAAGAAAAAGGCACCUGAAUACCCUGGGAAGAAGCAGCAAAACCUUCUGUCAAGCUCCCGUUCCUCUGCUAUGCUACAAAUCCUCCCCAGCUGAGGGUCUGCCACCGCCAGCUGCAGCCCUGGGCCGUGGACACCUGCCUGCAGUGGCCAAGUGAGCAGUCGUUCCCACACCAGGAAGCGAGUGCCACGUCCAUGUCCUGUGCUCGCCUCUCCUCACAGCACCUGUUCCCACUGGUGUGACAGUGCAUGGCGUGGCCAGAGGCCGGGGCCUGAGGGCAGGGACAUGGGCAUCCUCCUGCUUUCAGAGUGGGCAUUCUGGAACACCUCUUUUGGGGGGCCAAGCACCGGGAGCGGGCCCCUCUCCACGUCCUGGUACAGCACACACAAGACUCAACUCUUGGGAGUUUUACUUGCUGCUGCCUCAAAUUUUCUGAUUAGUGUCUCUUUGAAUAUACAGAAGUGCGCUCAUCUCCGACUGGCUCGCCAAACAGAGCCGAAGCCCUGCUACACAAGCAAGCUGUGGUGUUGUGGAAUUACCCUCCUGGGGCUUGGAGAAGUGGGCAAUUUCACAGCCUACGGAUUUGCCCCCAUUGCCCUCGUUGCUCCACUGGGAUGUGUCUCUGUCAUAGGUAGUGCAUUUAUUUCUGUCUUAUUCCUGAAGAGGACCAUGAGGGCUGCUGAUAUAUUGGGAGGAACAUUGACAGUAACUGGGACAUACUUGUUGGUGACGUUUGCUCCAAGUGUACCCCAAGAGCUCACAGCAAGAAAAGUGCAGAAUUAUUUAGUGAGCUGGCCUUUUUUGGUAUAUUUGAUCUUAGAAAUUAUAAUAUUCUGCAUUCUCCUCUAUUUUUACAAAAGAAAGGCUGUGAAACACAUUGUGGUCUUGUUAAUGAUGAUAGCACUACUAGCAUCACUGACUGUCAUUGCUGUAAAGGCUGUGGCCAGCAUGAUAACACUUUCUGUGAAGGGGAAAAUGCAGCUAACUUACCCUGUUUUCUAUAUCAUGAUUAUUUUAAUGGCAACUUCUUGUGCUUUCCAAGUAAAGUUCUUGAAUCAAGCAAUGCAUCUGUACGAAGCGACAGCAGUUGUGCCCAUUAAUUUUGUGUUCUUCACUACCAGUGCCAUCAUUUCAGGGGUCAUAUUUUAUCGGGAAUUCCAGAGUGCAGCUUUUCUGAGCGUGUUCAUGUUUCUGUUCGGGUGUCUCCUGUCUUUCCUUGGUGUAUUUGUAAUUGCAAGAAAUAAAAGAGAGGAACAUUUACAAACUCCUUUUAUUGAUUGUGGACAUAUUCCUGGACAAAAACUGACAGGCAAAAUACAACCAGAUUCUCACAGUUCGUGCUAUGGCACUUUGAAAAAUGAAGACGGCUUGAAGAAAAGUCAAAGCUGAAAGAAGCAAGCACCUUACAAGCCAAUUAACAGGAGCAGUGCCACUGGAACAAGGAUCAGCAGCACCUUUUUUGUUGGAUGAGUUCAAGUAUAUGUUGAACUCCUGUAUGUUGAUGAGUCAUAGUAUUAUUUAAUCCUACUUAAUUUAUUCCAUGGUUGUCCCAGAUGUGUUCAGAAGAUAAAGGAAGCCUUAAGAAAACCUAAAUAACCAUUAAUGAAACAGAACGUUCUUCAAGUAUCAAUGCCUCUUGGGGGUAUUUUUAGAGUCUUAAUUGCCUUGAAAUGCAAAUAAGCAUGGAACAGAGUUAUAAAAUUUCCCCUUUGAAACCUCUCAGAUCUGUGUAAAUGCUUGAAAACUGUGAGAAAUGAGGGCAAUUUUCAUAAGUAACAUCUGAGCAUUCUGCUAUAACACCGUUUAAAAUCUGAUCCUUUCUGUCAGGAAUCAAAACUGUGGGCACAUAUACAGUAUACACAAAUAUGUACACACAAAGUUUUUUAUAUUAUGUGUAAAGGGGAAAUUCUGAUAAUCUUCUGCCAUCGGAUUCAUCCCCUUAUCUUCCAAGGAAAUGGAAACACUUGUGUGAGGGGGGAGAAACAUACGCAUAUGUGCACACAUACACUUGAGGUGCCCAGCCAAGGCAGAGCUAAGGAACCAAGCUUGACAUUUUAUAUCCUCCCAGAAGAGUCCUGUGCACUGAAAUGGACUUCUGGUCUAGUCUUGCCUGAGGUUUAAAUUCUGUUGUCAGGAAAACAGGGUUUUAGUGAGGAAAGUGCAAAGACCCCUAGAGGGAAUGGGGUAGCCAGACUCCCUUCCUUGAUGUGUCUUGAUAAAUACUCCUAAAAAUGAAAAGUAGGGUGACUCCUGCCUCCUUCCUAAAGCACUGGUAAUCCUGCAUAAGGAAAGGCUGUAAGAAACAGGAUCACAGAGAGUCACGAUAACAAUGGCAUUUUUCCUUCAUUAAACGGUAAUGUCUCCAUACUGAUUUGAAGAGCCAUCAAUGAUAAGUACAUCAAGUUAGGCUCUGUUUUCAGCUCUGGGAAAUCUUGGUGUCCCUCAGUCACAUCCUUCCAGCAAGAAAGCUUCUUCUGAGCAUUUGUCAUGUGCCCACUCAACCUGUCCUGAUGGCACUGAUCCAUCUCAGGCACAGUGGAUGUCAGACACCUCCUUGGCAGAAAUACGUGAAAGUGCUCUUGAAAAAUGUUUGCAUCUUGACUUAGGUUUGAAUUGAUCUGCAGUAAUGGAUAGGGACCAUAGCCUGUGCAUAUUUUGUUUCAGUGGGCUGGGAGGAAAGAAGAUCUUUUUCCAAAAUAAUUGUUUCUUUCAUUUUAAAAUCAGUACAACUGAAGAUCCAUAAGACAGUUUCCUUUCAAAGCCUACAAAGCUGCACUUUUCCCUAUGCAACAGCACUGUUGUGGCAGCCAGGGCGUGAGGAGGCACAUGAAGCUGUUUUUCAAUGUGGACCUUUUCCAGCUGGCACAGGAUGAGAUUAUGUGUCUGCACCUUACUUGUACCAGCUGCCUGGCCCUGGCCUUCCUUUCCUCUCUUACAGCUUAAGUUCAAGUUUCUAAAGCUUAAAAAUGUAAAAGAAGCACAUUCUUUUAAUAUGGUUUCUCCAGGGAGUAAGAGCAUGCCUCUAUCUUUCUUUUGCAAGUCAAAUUUAAGCUGCUUUCUAAGUCUCAAGUGAGACUGUGUGCUAAAGAUGGAAAUAGGAGGCCUACAGGUUUUCAUUCAGUGACCUGAGAAAAAAAUGGGUGAAAGGAUUUGGUUUCAUUUCUUUUAGAAUGAUUGGCCUUGAGCAUCAUUUUGAAAUCUGUUUCCAGGGCUUAGGAGAGUUGGAGUAGGUAAUAAGGGUUACCAGCUAUAUGAUUUUAUCCUUAAAGCAAUAAAUCAAACAAAAACAAUCUGUGGCAAUAGUUAUUGUUUAUUAUAAGCUACUGCAUUUCUUCUUGAACAACAUUUUUUUUC